GUCUUUGUACAGUAUUCCAGUGUAUUGUAUUAGCAUGAUCACGGGUAAUAAUGUCAUUGGGUCUGCAAGUCUCCGGUCAUCUCGUUUGUAACUGUGUCCGCAAUCUACGGUCAUCUCGUUUGUACUGUGGUCCGCAGUUCUCCGGUCAUCCCCUGUACUGUAGUCCGCAGUUCUCCGGUCAUCCCCCUGUACUGUGUCCGCAGUCUACGGUCAUCCCUGUACUGUGUCCGCAGGUCUCCGGUCAUCCCCUGUACUGGGUCGCAGUUAUGCCGGUCCUCCCUGUACUGUGUCCGCAGUCUCCGGUCAUCACCUGUUACUGUGUCCGCAGUCUCCGGUAUCCCCUGUACUGUGUCCGCAGUCUGCCGGUCAUCCCUGUCUGUGUCCGCAGUCUACGUGUCAUCCCCUGUACUGUGUCAGCAGUCUCCGGUCAUCCCCUGUACUAUGUUGCAGUCUCUGGUCAUCUCCUUACUGGGUCCGCAGUCUCUGGUCAUCUCCUGUACUGUGUCCGCAGUCUUGGU